AUGGGGACUUCUCCGCGUCAAGCACAGAGAGAAGAUGUAGAAUUGUUCUGGAAUGAUGUUAAAUAUGAAAAAAUCGCGUCAAAAAAUAAUUUAUUGGAGGCGAAGUUAAAGCAAGCUAAGACUCAGUUUGCUGUCGAUCGUUCUAUAAUGGGGAAUGAGGCUCAUAUGAUCACAGACCAGGCAAAAUUAAAUUAUAUAUCGAUAGAUCUUGAAAAUAUCGGAAAGCGUCCACCAGAAUAUAUAGUAAUAGUGAAUGAUGAUACCAUAAAUUCAGUUGUCUCUAAUAGCAACAAAAAGAUUAAAACAAACUUCUCCACGUCUGCUCCCUUUACAAGUACUAAUGAUGAGAUUGAGGAGUCAUCUGAUCCUAAUGAACGACUUGAAAUUGAUCUUGAAAAUGUCACAAAGCAGCUGGAGAUGAUACCUUUGUAUGAGUGGAAAGUUGGAGACAUAAACAUUACGCAGAGAUUUCGUCAAUACCAACAAAAGGUGAUUGAUAAAGUGAAAAGUGAUGGGUUGACGUGGAACGACACAUACGAGAUUCUAGCAUUGGCGUCUAUUAUUAUUCUUGCACGCCCAUGCCCUUAUCCGGAUUUCACUGAAACAGAAUGGUAUACAAUAACUCAAGCAAAACCGUUUGUGAUCGAACAGCCCAUCAUACCAUCAGCAAUAUCUACUACCUUUCAAGAAGCAAUAAGAAAGCACUUAAUGGAUGAGGAUAGUUACAUUUACGCUGAUAGUGAUAGUACAGAAUUGAGUAGGGUUGCAGCUUCUACGUUUAAUGAGCUCCAAUCUCCUAGAGAAUAUGGUAUCCAAUUAAACUGUGCUGUCAAAGGCACUAGAAAAAGACCCGAUUUCACGUGUGUGGUUGACAAAAUACCGGUUCUUGUCUCCGAAUUUAAACCGCUUGGAUGUACACCGCUUCUGAAAAAGAAAGAUUUCGUGAAAGCACAUUUGAGGGCUAAGAAAUCAUUAAAUCAACAAUUAAAUUUAAAGGGUGGUCCCGGUGAAGUAGGGCUAUUUAUAAACACGGGCGAUAUAGUUAGAUCCUUUUUUAUGGAUCUUAAAUACGGAUUUUACUGCUUAUGGUCUUUCCAUACAACUAAACUGGCAGUUGAUAAGGCCUCAAUGCCAUUGAGACGAGUUAACAAACUAGCCAAGGAUUUUAAAAGACGCAAGCAACCAUUCACGCCACCCGGACAAAUGAAAUUUAUGAGCGAAUUUCCCGACUCUCCACAAAUUAACCAGUUGCUCGGAUGA